AUUAUUUUUACACGAGCGCGCAGCACUCAGAAGUUCUUAUAAAGUGAACAGUUUUCAGUGGACCGCAUUGCGAAGUGAACGUUAGUGGUGUAAAUAUUCUCGAGACAAUUUUUUUUAGAAAAAAAGUGUAUGAACUGAACUAGACCAAAUCGGAUUGUGUGAAGUGUAAAAAUGCUAAAAGUGGGAUAUUUGGUAGUGUUGAUUGCCGGAUCAUGUCUUGCAGUUCCAGAUACUUACGGUGACCCCUUAGGAUACAAUAUAAACGAUAGUUUGAACAAUAUUAAGGGAUUGCAUUAUUCGCAGCAUGAAGCAUCAGUAAAUGCGGCACGAAGGGGUGCCGCAGAACGUUUGUCGAGGAUUAGCAGUGCUAGCUCCGCAGGAGGAGCUCCGUGUGGAAGUACAAUUUGUUACAGCAGCUCUGGCUUUUCCGAUAACAGUGAUGCGGAAACUCUUGGACACGGAAUCGUUGGGUUCUCCGGUGGUAGCACUGGCGCUAGCUCAAGCAGUUCCAAAUAUCAGGCAAGCGCACAGCAUGAGUCCGUUAAAAAUGUCGUUCCAGUGUAUCCUGUAAUUAGCGGUGGUAAAUCCAGCUACUCUAGCGCUUCACAGCGCCAUAGUGCAUCCAGUGUUAGCUCCGCUCAGCCUGUAAAUUAUGUUAUUGGAACCGAUGGCGUGAAAACUAGGUCCAAUUUUGCGGCAACCAGUGGAUCGUCGUCGGUUGUGCAACCGAUCAUUGCUACUGCUUACCCCAUUGGCCAGGAUGCAUCACACAGUAGCUAUUCUGGUGCAAAUCUUGACAGUUCUUCCGCAGUCUAUGCCGUUCCAGUCGAUAGUAGCAAUGCUUAUAGAAGCAGAUCAAGCUAUGCGACUGCAUCGGAAAGAGAAUCUGCUUCAGUUUCCCAGCCAAUUGUUCCGGUUUACAGCACAAACGAACAAGCUUCCAAAUAUGUCGCCUCCGGUCGACAGGAUGGCUAUCAACGUUACACUCCUUCAAACACCUACGUCGUAUACGGAAAACCCGUACCUGUGUACACCUCGGUUGGUUCUAAUCUCGAUAGUUCUGCACGAUUGGCAAGUCAUGAGGGAACUGUCUAUGCUCCAGUGAAAGUUUACCCAGUGCGCACUUCCAGUCAGUAUUCAUCGGCGAAUGAACAACAAUCUUAUUCCUCUAUCGAUGCUACUCCUCGACCAUUGUACGUUAGUUCUUCGGAUCAGUCUUCUCAAUCUGCCGCCAAUUAUCGCCAAUCUUCGGCUUAUCGUCCAGUCUAUCAACCAGUCUACACUAAUCGCUUGUCUGCUGUCAACACAGAAGAAGAAAACGUUGACCAUUCAGUACAAAGUGUCGUUCCAGUCGCUCCCAUUGUCAGCUCAUCAUCCAAACACCACGAAGAACGACAUGAAGACUACAGUCGCAAGGGAAGUACCUAUGUUCCGGUUGCUUUGAACACUGGUUCGACUGCAUCUCACCGUGCCAGUUACGAUCAGCGUCGUACUCAAGCAGGUUCGACGUAUGUUCCGAUAGUGGGAGGACAAACCGCCUCAACAGCCUCGCAAUACGCUUCGGAAGAUCGUCGUCAAGAUCACAGAGCCUCAUACGUUCCGGUAGCUCCCGUGGCAAGUUCUUCUUCAUCGUCUUCGAAGUAUUCAGCGCAAGAACAUCGCCAGCAGCAAGGUCAAUCGUACGUUCCAAUAGUUCCUGCGGGAGAAUCCACCUCCUCUUCUGCAUCUAGAUAUUCUGCACAGGAACGGCGUCAACAGCAGCUAGCUGGAGGUUCCUAUUACCCAGUUCCAGUUGGUUCAGCAAGCCAAGGAUCUCGUUAUUCGGCGUCCGAGGCGGCAAGCGCUUACAAUCAACAAGUUAAGGCCGGAGGCUACUCUCGCUACCCGAUCACGCCCGAUGAUCUGGGACAGCGUUUCGGAUCGGCUGGCUUGUCGCUCGGAGACAACAAUGACCUAGGGGAAAUAAUGAGCGAAUCGGAGCGGUUAGCGAAACUGCAAGCUAAAAACGCUUAUAACGGUGCCGUUUCCGGCAGCUCGGCUAUUGACACCGCAAACCGAUUUGGAGACGAUCAAAACAUCAGCAGCGGCAUCGACACCGGUGCCGGUGGCUUCAAGAGAACAAAGUCGUGGUCUAGCAGCUCCAAGUGGGCUUCCGGACAGAAGUAUGACGAUGAGGGUAAAAUCAAAUCGUACAGCUCACUGUCGACGGCCGAGAGCGAGCAGCAUAACAUCGAUGGAAAGAAAACUGGCUAUAAGGCCGCUACCACGACGCUUGAAGAUGACGGAAAAGUUAGUACCUACAGUUUGCAUACACCGUAAAAGUUUAAUUAUUUAGUUGUUAAGUUUUUGGACUGAAAUAAAAGUAUA